AUGCUAAUUGGUGUCGACGUUGGAGGCACAAACACAGACUCUGUGCUCAUUGACCCUACAAAGAUUAACUCGGAUACCCACGGCGUUCUGGCCUGGAACAAGAUGGUCACCUCGGCGGAGGUUUCCGACAGUAUCCAGAAGGGCAUCUCCAAGCUGUUCGAGGAGUGCAAAGACGUGGACCGAAAGGACGUUGCGUCGGUUACUAUUGGAACCACCCACUUCAUCAACGCUGUGGUCGAGCAGGACCGUGCGCGCCUCGACAAAGUCGCCGUGCUGCGUCUCUGCGGCCCCUACUCGAGACACGUUUAUCCGUUUUCCGACUUCCCUGACGGCCUCACUGCCGUCAUCAGGGGCUACAUCGGCUACAUGAACGGCGGAUUCCACGUGGACGGAAACGAGAUCCAGCCGGUGAACGACGAGGAAGUUCUGGAGCACGUGCGCAAAGCCAAAGAGCUCGGCAUCACGUCUUUCGCCGUGAUCGGCAUCUUCUCCCACAUGAGGCCCCAGCAGGAGGAGCUUGUCAAAAGCAUCAUUCUCAAGGAGAUUCCGCAUGCCAAGGUGAGUGUCUCGCACCAGGUUUCUGGAAUCGGCUAUCUGGAGAGAGAAAAUGCCACCAUUCUGAAUGCCUCGAUUCUGCACUUUGCCGAGAAGAUCAUCUCGUCGUUUGCCAAUGCGAUCAAGAAACUGGGUCUGAACUGUCCUGUUUUUCUGACGCAGAACGACGGCACCAUCCUGUCGGCAGCGGAGGCGCUGAGUCUGCCAAUCCGCACCUUCUCGUCGGGAGCCACCAACUCCAUGCGAGGAGCCUCGUUCCUCGCCAAGACGCACGGAAAAAGCGCAAUUGUGCUGGACGUGGGAGGAACCACAACCGAUGUGGGGCUGCUGCUGUCGACGGGCUUCCCGCGGCAGUCGUCGUCGUACUCGAUCGUGGGCGGCGUGAAGAUGAACUUCUCCAUGCCGCAUGUCGAGAGCAUCGGACUGGGCGGCGGCUCGCUCGUUAGGGGCGACGGCGACACGCUGACAAUCGGCCCGGACUCCACGGGCUCCGAGAUCGUCAAGCGGGCUCUUGUUUUUGGUGGCAGCGAGGUCACAGCCACGGACUGCGCGGUGGCUGCCGAGCUGCAGGACGGGGGCAGUCUGGAGAUCGGCGCUGCGUCGCUGGUCAAGGACAAGUUUAGCGCAGAGUACCUGGCUGCGUUCAAAAAAAGGGCCAAGGUCAUGAUGGAGAAGGCCAUCGACCGGAUGAAGACCAACCCGGCCGAUAUCACGGUGCUCGCUGUGGGCGGCGGCUCAUUCAUCGUGCCUGAGCAUCUCGACGGCGCGUCUGCUGUGAUCAGACCUCCGUUCUACAGCGUGGCCAACGCGAUCGGCGCAGCCAUGGGCAAGGUCUCGGCGGAGAUCAGCGAGAUCCGACUGCUGCCACCAGGAACGUCCUCGAAGGAGGAGGUGCUGGAGCAGCUGAAGAAGAAGGCCGUCGACAAGAUCGUGGCCAAGGGCGGGCUCGAGGACACCAUCGAGACGGUCUUUGUUUCGACGGACGCGGUUCCGUACGUGCCGAACACGUUUGAGUUUGUGAUCAAGAUCGUGGCGGACGUGGACUACUCGAAGGCGCCAAAACUGGACGUGGAGGAGAAAGGUUUUGAGUCUGGCACGAGGGACAUUGUCAAGAGCUCGCUGUACGAGGAGACCGAGACCAGGGUGGAGGAGGAGGUCGACUACACGCAGUACAAGCCGACGAUCAACAAGGACAGGCAGUGGGUGCUGUCGGAGGUGGACCUGGACUUCCUGGCCAUAGGAGCGUACAUUCUGGGGUGUGGCGGGGGAGGCAACCCGUACUCGUACAUGCUGGAGGUGAGAAACUACUUGCGUGCGGGCGACACGGUGACUGUGGUGGACCUGGAGGACGCGCACAAGUACAUCAAGGGCGAGGGCAGCAUUGUGGGGGUGUGCUACGCGGGGUCACCCACGGUGUCGCACGAGCAGAUGCUGGGCGACGCACUGAUGGAGUCGUACGACAUCAUGGCCAGGUACAUCAACAAGAAGCCCGAGCUGCUGUUCCCGAUCGAGAUCGGCGGCGGUAACGGGCUGUGUACGUUCCAGAUCUCGUCGUCGUCGCGGCUGAACCUGCCGGUCGUGGACUGCGACACCAUGGGCCGGGCGUACCCCACGCACUGGCAGACCACGCCGGUGGUGUACACGCCGGAGGGCGAGUGCUUCUACGCACCGAUGGUGUUUGCGAACGGCAACGGAAACUCGGUGAUCUUGGCGAGCUCGAAGUCGGACCUGUUGCUGGAGAAGACGAUGCGGGCGUCGCUUGCGGAGCUGGGCUCGAAGGUGGGUGUGGUGAACCCGCCAAUGAGCCUCAAGGACGUGGAGGAAAAGAACAUCCACGGCUCGAUCUCGCUUGCAUGGCGGAUCGGCCGUGCGGUCAAGAUCGCGCGCCAGAAAGCAGAGAUCGACCUUCUGCCGCAGCGUAUCCUCGAGUCCGUCAAUAACACGGGAGCGCUGCUGUUCUCGGGCAAGAUCAUCGACGUCGAGCGCAAGCUCUUCAAGGGCCAUGCGUGGGGGGAAGUCGUCAUCGAGGAGGUCGACAACGCGCGCCGCAAGAUGACCAUCCCGUUCAAGAACGAAAACAUCUACUGCAAGACGGCCGACGCGGACGGCUCCAACGAGCAGAUCGUCUGCUCUGUGCCAGACCUCAUUGCCGUCAUCGACGCAGCCACCGGCGAGGCCGUCGGCACCAGCGACUACCGCUACGGGCUGCUCGUCUUCGUCCUCGGCAUUGCCCCAAGCAACAAGUGGACGGACACCGAGCGCGGCAUUCAGAUCGGCGGGCCUGCAGGCUUUGACCUCGACUUUGAGUACAAGCCGAUCUCCACGUACAGCAAGCCUGUUUCUGUGAUUCAGGAGUACGCUCAAUAG